GGGGAUUAGCCAUCUCAUCAGAGUUCUUGGUGGAAAGCCAAGGUUUGUUUUGCUUCGGGCAAACUCAAAAGGAGGAUUGGGAAGAAAAGUAGCUGCUUAUUUCCUCAGAGAAAGCUUUUGCAUAUUUCCUUUGGCAAGGCUAGGAACUUGAAACGAUUAAAAAGCUAAUUUAUUUGGACAGGCUUCAAGAAAAGAAAACCACACUGCAUUUACAUUUAUCACUGUAAUGGAUUUGGAUCGCUUCUAUAGCGCCAUCCAGGAGCAGUCUGUUUAUCCACCGCGAUUCAGUUCAUCAAAGGAUCCAAGAACUUAUUGAUAAUCUGCGUUUUGUCAGGCAAUGGAGCUUCGUAAGAGAGUAAAGCCGAGUGGGGUGGAACAUAAUCUGGGUAUUUCUCACGAUGCUCCGGCUGAAAGGAGAUGCAGCGGUUUUGUGAUAUGGAGGGCAUCGAGAUGUACUGCCACACAUGGAGGGAUUCAAGGGGAAGCUUCUCUGCCUGGAGGAUCCGGUAUUUGCUCCGGUUCAGGCGUUCUUCUCGGUUGUCCUUGGCGACAGAGUGUUUCCAUGGCAUCGGGACUGUUAUUGGCUGUGCUGCUGGGUUUGACUCAGGCCUGGUGCGUUAAUGCCAUACAUGAGAAUCUGCUGUGGUUCUCUCAGCUCACGGAGGUGGAGCGGGAAAUCUCUUUUCGCACAGAGUGUGGACUGUACUACUCGUACUACAAGCAAAUGUUAAAGGCUCCAACCAUCCAGGAAGGGCUGUCGGAUUUGAUCCAUGACAACUUGACAGAAUCCAAGAGGACAAUUAAUCUCCUACAGCGGAUGAAUAUUUACCAGGAGGUCUUUCUCAGUGUCCUCUACCGAGCGUUGCCCGUCCAGUCAUAUCUGGAGCCAGUGUAUUUCUACAUUUACACUGUGUUCUCGCUCCAAGCGGUGUAUGUGAUGGCUCUGUACCUCACAGCAUGGCUCCUGUCUGGCUCCUGGCUGGCUGGUACGCUCGCCGGGGUGUGGUACAUCCUCAACAGGGUAGACACCACGCGGGUGGAGUUCACUAUUUCCCUCAGAGAGAACUGGUCUUUGCCCUUUCUAGCACUGCAGGUCACAACUAUCACCUGUUACCUCAGGCCACAGUUAACCAGCCUGCAGCAGAAGGUAGUUGUGUGGCUGAUGUACGUGACGACGCUCUGCUUCUGUCUGACGUGGCAGUUCAACCAAUUCAUCCUACUUGUUCAGGCUCUCGUCAUAUACAGCCUUGACUGUAUUGACCUCCUAACUACUACACAGGUGACCACUCUGUAUCUUGUUCAAGUGAGUGGUCUGUUGAGUGUCUGGCUCCUCCAGUUCUGUAACUCCAUGAUAUUGGGAUCACUGGUACUGAGCUUCAUCGUCGCCGCCCUCUUCAUCAGACACUGUCAGUCUGGUCUCAAGUCAGGAAGUCUCCUGGUUCGUCUGGGCAAACUGCUUCUCCAUAGCACCAUGGUUCUCCUCCUCACCUUCACCAUCAACUACUUGGCCAAGAAUGCACUUCAGCUCAGAUCAGACGAACACAUCUUUAAAUUCAUCAAGUCCAAGUUUGGCUUGGGCCCGACUAGGGAUUUUGAUGCCAGCCUCUAUCUGUGUGAGGAGGCCUUCGGCUUGCUGCCCCUUGACACGUUUGACCGACUGGCCGGCACCCUGCUGUUAUACCCUUACAUCCUCACUCUGCUGCUGCUUAGCGGCAUGUUGGCAGUGGCUGCACUGCAGAACCUGAGCAGGUCUAAAGGGCGUCCAGCUGAUGAGGCGCAGUUGGAGGCUUUUCGCCCAGAUGUGGCCUAUAAUCUAUUGCAUACGCUGUUCUAUGGACUCCUGGCGUUCAGCACGAUGAGGAUGAAGUACAUAUGGACCGGCCACAUGUGUGCGGUUGCAGCCUAUGGUGUGUGUAGGACGGAGUUGUGGACACAGCUUCUAACUACUGUGCACUGCCACAGUAAAAUCCUGUUAAGACUUGUGAGAUAUGCAGUUCCGCUGGCGAUGAUGGGUUGCCUCUAUUACAAGUUCUGGCCUAAACUAAUGGAGGAGCUGUCUGAGCUGAGGGAGUUUUACGAUCCGGACACUGUGGAGCUUAUGACCUGGAUUAGCACAAAGACCCCUAAGACGGCUGUCUUUGCAGGGAGCAUGCAGCUGCUCGCUGGCAUCAAGCUGUGCACAGGCAGAGUUCUCACCAAUCACCCACAUUAUGAAGAUAAAGACCUGCGGGAGAGGACCAGACAGGUGUAUCAGGUUUACGCCCGUCGAUCGCCCGAGGACGUCCACGACAUCCUGAGGUCCGCGGGCGCCGACUACGUGGUUCUGGAGAACAGCAUCUGUUACGAGCGGAGGCACCGGCGCGGCUGCCGACUGCGGGACCUGCUGGACCUCGCCAACGGACACAUCAUGGACGGACCUGGAGACAACGACCCAGACCUCGUCGCUGCCUCCCACCCUCGAUUUUGCGAAGCCAUCAAGACGGACCCAGCGGCCUACGCCGCUCUGUUCACCAGGACAUUUGAGAACAAAACCUUCCACGUAUAUCGGGUCAAGAAGAAGCGCAAGAAAAGCUCCAAGACCCCACCAGAGUCCGGCGUGACUCAAUAGCGGGAGCAAAAGCUGGAAGGCAAAGCCUGUCAGAGGCCAGAGGGGAGAGAGACGGAGGAGAGGAAACACAAAAGUACUGGGCUCCCUCCUCUGUCUGCUCUCUGCACUGUGCCCAGCUGUGAUUAUGCCCAUUAUUUCUUUAGCACAUGGCUCUGUGAACUGUGGCGUUAGAGCGGUGUCAGGGUGUUAGUGGAGUAUGGAAGCGCCUAUAGGAGCUGUGCUUUGAACUGCCUCCUCUCCACCCGUCCACCUGCCUUUUACCCAGGACGCACCAGAGCAGGGCGUCAGACAACACUAGUAACUGCUAAGGAUUUAGUUUCACCUCAGCAGCACCGCGUGACCAAUGUGUUGCUCAGGACUGCUCCUUAAAUGUUUUAGAUUAUUAUUAGUUUUAAUGUGGUGUUCACUAACAUUUUCAAAUCCAAAUUCUGUCAGAUCAGAUAGUUGAAAUGACGUAAUUGUUAAGUUUAAAGCAACAAUAUGAUCAUUUGGCAUAAAAAGCUCAAAUUUCAGUUUUACAAUUCAAACUGAUUUAAAUUGCUCUCAUUGUGUUUUGGGAAUUUGAAUCAACUUAGAACCAAAACAAAGGUGGCCUGUUUAUUGACCUUUCUUGUUCUGAACGGAGAUCAAAGUUCUAUUUGUCAUAGUUGUUGGGCCACUGCUGGUGGUUUAACCACUGGUAGGGGGUGGCGUUCCUACUGAGCCCACGCUCAUGAUAAUGAUGGUAACUGGCCAUUAACAGCAUGAUGUGUUGGCACUAAUCUGUCAGUGACUGUUCUUGGACCUGUGUUCAUAGAAUAAAAAGCAGGACAGUUAACUGCUCCCUUCUUAAGGCCACAGUGAGUUCCCAAAGUUUGUUUAAAAAAGACCUGUUUUCAACCACGACCCCUGUCUCAUAACCUGCUGUUUUGGAGGUAUGUGUACUGUGACAGAGUGCAUCCAGAGUUGUCAGUCCAGGUUGACACUCGGCUGAUAAGCUCUGUUUGUGGGGGGACCUCACUGAAUGAGUUUAGUAGGUUCUGUCAGCCUCCACUCAGAUUAGAUGUCACUUCUUGGCAAUGAACAUUUGACUCCGUAGUGACAUAUUUAUCACCCAAACCAAAAAGAAUCUUGUUAUGUUUUAUUCCCACCUAUGUUCAAAUGUGUUUUCGUAGUAAAACGGGGGUCGAAGCCGGUGCCAAGUGAUAUCUGUGACUGUCUUGUGUUGUUGUUGUCGUCGUGAUUGCCGUCAUGUUUUCCUUUUCUUUUCGACUCCGAUUGUCAUCAACUGCCGCCCCGACCUUUUCACUCCCCGUUCUCCCUUUCACACACAUGCGGCCACAAACACACAUGAAUAAUGUAAGUGCCGAGGAAAUUGCGGCGCGCUGACAGCGACGCUGAUUCCUCACCGCAAUCCGAAAUAGUCUGGGAGAGCGGGGCGACACUUGCAUAUCAAACCGAGGCUUUGCGGCUUCAAAAAGGGGGAGACAAGAAGAGGCGAGGACAGAAAGAUUAAUAUUUAAAUAGUGGGAGAAGUGAGAUGAGAGGGCAUCAAAACACGGAUUCACAAUUAGCUGGAACCCUUCCUCAUUUUCAUUUUCUUCCUCUGUGCCAAAAGGAAGAGGAGGAGACGGGGAGGAGAGGAUGAGACGGAGAGGCCGGAUUUGUGUUGCUUAUUACUGGGUGGCCAGACCGACCUGCUACACACACACACACACACACACACACACACACACACACACACACACACACACACCCUGUGCAUACAGUACAUCACCAUCACCCUUACCUGCUUGUUAAUAAGAACCUCUGUCUUUGAGAAUCCACGUUUUUGGAGAUGCAUGAGAACCCCUGUUGUUGUUCAGCUCCUGGAGAUGUUUGUUAGCUGUGUGGCCUGGUGGUAAUGCAUACCAAUCACCGUGCAGAGACACUUGUCCUCCACCCCGAGCCCUCCUGCGUUUGUAUUGGAUGUUUAAUUAGGAAGCGAUCUGAUUGCUUUAUUUGGGCGCCGAGUGAUUUCAUUAUGUUUGUCUAAUAAGCGUGGGGUAGUGUAACGUAAUAUUGUUUUUUUUCCGCAUUGAUCAUUUCCAUACAUGCUGGGAUUAGUGGUUGAUUCGGAGGCGUACGGUCCGGAUAAUGAAAAGCAGAUGAAGAAAGCCAUUAGCCUGCGUGCACAUAUAGAAGCAGAAGUCGUUCGGGCUCAUUAAUAGAGAAGUAGUGGAUGUUGCUCAAGCAAAUGCGACGGCUCGGCUUUAGAGAGAAUGAGGUUUGCUGCGAAAGGUCAACGUGUGUUUUUCAAAAUAAAAGUAGUUCUCUAACGCAGGAGUUCACGACAGAUUGGAGUCUUUGUUUAUAGAAGUAUCAGGAAGAAGCUCCUACAACACACACUAACCGGGCUGUAGCGCCCAUGAUUUUACUGGCCUUGCCCUGUUUGACCUCACGUUCAGGUAAAAGGUCCUUUAACAUUCAGCCAUUUGUUUCUGUGGAGUUUAUGCAUCAGUACAGUUUGCUGUUUGUACGAUUGUCCGUCAAAAUGUGAGAUCGAUGCACUGUCCAGUUCUGUCUCAAACCUGACGUUCUCUGUAACAAUUAACAGGUGCUCCCCACUGAGUCAGUGCCACAGAAUUGCACGGACUGUGUGUGGGGUGAAGUGUUGAAGCGACUUUGAUACUGUAAGUCAGAAUUUAUCAAUCAACCACCGCGCUUUUUUACGAAGACGCAACCUACUGUACAUUGUCUUUGAUUAGUAAUGGAUUGUUAGAUUACAGUGAUUUUGAUGGCAACUUUCACAAACAUUUCUAACCGUGUGGUUAUUGUUUACACUGUGUAUUGAUAUAUGUACAGUAUGGUGUAUGAGCUGAACUGCAUUUCAAUGGCCAUGGUUGUAUGAGUAUUAAAAGUAUUUUUUUUUAGCAACAUUA